AUGGUUGAUCUCGACGCUUGGAAAUUGGUACUGCCCCGCGAAUUGCGUCCGCAGGCCAUUUCCCAGUGCCAUGAUCUUCGCCAAGCAGGCCACUUGGGGGUUGAUAAGACCUAUCGUCGUCUCUACGAGGCAUAUUAUUGGCCAAAUAUGUUUAGGGACGUCGUGGCCUUCGUCCGCCACUGCGACAUUUGUCAACGCUGUAAGACAAACAUAGACACACCAGUUCCACGAGCCGAGGACGCAGCACCAGCCGUGGAUCUGACGGAGAGCACUCCACCAUCCUCUCCCCCGGGUCAGGGGAUUAAAGAAGAGCCCAGCCUCCUCACUAGCCAGCAGAGAGCUGCCCGCAAUGCGGAGAUAGCUCUGGAGAGCAUCCUCUUCCCGGAAGGCAUUCCGGUGGAGCUGGACGACCUGGCUCUCCCCGACGACAGCGACGCCGACGUCGCCCAGGACCCGCCACCGCGAGGACCCCUGUCUCCAGUCGUCGUGCUGGAAAAGCUGCCGCUAUCCGGGAGACCAGAGGCACCGCAGUCCCAACCGGCCAGAGAGGCACCCAUCCAUCUCCAGGAUUACUGGGACCCACUCAAACCCUGGCUACCCGAGAUACGGAGUAUCGAGGAGCAACAUCCCGGCUUUGCCGCGGCCCUACACGCCUGCACGCUGACACCGGCUCACCACCUGUCAGCUGUCAGGUUUGUCAUCCCUCCCAUUCCCCUGGAAUCGGUGAGCGGCACAGUCCCACUCGGAGAGAGUGAGGAAGAACUCCCGGAGGCUACCUCCGAGGACCACACAUCCGAACGGGCCCUGACCCCGCCGGCACAUCCGAUUGUGGAGAUCGGAUCCAGCUCCGCGAGCUCCAGUUCUUCUAGCUCGUCGAGCUGCAGCAGUUGCAGCAGCUGCUCUUCGGAGUCCGGGAACUCCACCAUCCGCAGUCCAGGACCAGCCGGAGAUCCAGGCCACCCAUCCGACAAGGGAGACCAGGCCCAGGCAUCAUCCCCCGAGUGGGAGGAUCCGGACAGCACACCGGCACCCAGUAUCCAGAGCGCGGCCACCGAGUUCAUUGACCUCGGACCCCUCGAGGAACUCUCGCGGCCCAGCACAGUGCCCACAGCAGAGUCACCACAUCCAGCUCUUCCUCAUACCGGAACCGAGAUGGCCAAGCAGCACCCGUCGCUCACGGACUCACGAGCCGGCGAGAGAACGCCGCCGUAUCCACCCCUCACAGUAGAUGAGGAUAGCGAGAAGCUUCCGGAGGUCACACCUCCGGUUCCCGUGCGUGCCUUCGCCGCCGUGGCCAGCCUUCCGAGCGCAUCAGCUCAGGCCUCUACAUCCGCCUGUAAGCAGGUCGGCCCAUCCGCUCCUUCGAGAGCCCAGGACAUCACCGUCCAUACCACCGAGGAACAGCUGAAGAGGUCCACUACCACCACACGCAGCAACCCCACGACCAACCGGGGGGGAGGACAGCCCGGGAAACCCGCUGGAGGGAAGCGAAGGAAGCCACGUCAUUGGUGCUUCGACUGUCGUCGACACGGCCACGCACACCAGGCCUGCCCAACACCAACUGGCGACAUCUUCUGUGGACUAUGCCCACAUCGUCUGAGGGUUGAAAGAGUCUGCCCAGAGCACGGCCCAGUGACACAACCUGCUGGCGGACGAACAGCAGGAUAUUCCAGCACCUCCGCUGAGACUUCCCAGGUGAGGCCAUCGCCAUCACCUGCAUCGGCUGCAUCCAGCGCGUCAGGGACCCACGCGCCGAGGAGUACUGGGCUCCCUUCGAAAGGAACCCAAUCCGUCCAGCAGCAGCUGGAUCGGUCUAUCCAUUCCCCAGGGAGGAGGAACGCAGGUUUCGUCGCGAGGACGAAUCUCCAGAAGACUCGAGGCUCCGGUUCUUCGGGCAGCCACCAGCCACUCUGUCCACUCCAGUGGCCUAUCCCCAAGAAUAUGGGGGCACCUCCGCAGGCCGAGGCCGCGGUUAUUUCACCCAGGCCGGCGCCACGACAUCCAGAUCGUCAGCCCUGGGUCGGGGAACGAAUGCCCGUUUCGGGCCCCCAACGACAACUCCUGGAGCCCGUUGGCCCCGAGAGACCCUCGAGGCCCUCCAGAGCAUCCUGGACCAGGCCCAGCGCGACCACCAGCGGAGCCCAGAAGCCGGGUACUAUCCCCGUUAAGACGGCGGCAACAUCCCUGAAGAAUCAGUGGCAACAUCCCCGUGACUCGGUGGCUCAUCCCCGCAAGACGGAGGCACGUCCGGAGGAGAAUCUCCCGGCCAUCCAUCCCAUCGCCAAGGGUGGCUACUCAGGUGCCAAUUACCCAAGUUUCUUUUUGUCUUCUCUCUGUGAUAAGUCUCACGCGUACCUGAAGGCACCCUUUGUACAAAUAGGAUAA